AUGAGCGCAAUGAAUAACGUGAAAGCUUUCGUCCACAAGCAGUUCAGGAAAUCGAGCGAUAACUUAAAAGAAAAUGACGAAUUCUUUUUCGAAAGAAAGCAGUUGAACGCAUUACACAACUACUUUUCUCAUUCUUUAUUAUAUUUAGAGAGACUAGAGAGUGUAAUUAAGAACAUUAACAUUAUGAUAAGUGAUUUGAAUAGAAGUUUAAUGUCCUUUUUUGAAAAUGAUGUUAACUUAGAAAUUAUCAAACAUGUAUCAUAUAUUCUGAACACAUUUAACGAUGUAAGGGAACAGAUAACUAGCCAUAUAGCUAAUUCUAAAAUCUCAGCAAAUAAUACACUAGAAAAUAUAAAGAGUUUACAAAACUUAUGUAUGAAAAAAAAAAAUUUAGGUGUAUCUAUAGAACAUUAUGAAAAGAAAAUAAAAAAACUACAGUUGGUAACUUCUUCUAGUCAAAAGCACUUAGAUAAAGUUAUUAGAAAUGAAGCCAAGUUGAAUAUGGUUAAGUCGGACUAUAUAAAAUACCAUGAAAAUAUAAAAAAAGGAUUCGAUAUUGUUUUGGAAAAUAAAACUAAUAAAGUUUUAUUUGAUGCUAGGAAGGAUUUAGAAAUUUUGUUAUGUUAUUUUUCUUUAAUGAAUUCUGUUUCUCUUAAGUUAAAGGAUCCUCUUAAAGAGCUGAAAUACAAAUAUCAGGAUGGGAAAAGACCCAAAAUGCCAAUAGACUUCAAUUUUUUUUUAGAAGAAGAAGACAGGAUGAACUAUUUUACUGAAAAGAAAAAAAGCCCCAGUAGUUAUAACAGCAACCCUUUUACUCAAAAUAUACCAAGUAUUGAAAAUAAAAAAUAUGAAAAAGCAAUUAGUCAUGAUUCAUAUGUUGAAUCUACUAAUAAAAAGGAUAAUACUUUUUUUAAAAUAAAAACUAUUUUAGGUGUUAAUGAAAAAUCAUCAUCGUCAAAGAUAAAAAGUUUUUCGACUUCAAACAUCGCACCCGUUUUCCCCCAAUAA